AUGAUGAUGAGAAUCAAUUUGCGGCUUCACACCCCAAUGUAUUUCUUCUUAAGCAACUUGUCCAUCAUUGACAUUGGCAUAAGUUCUUCAGUAGUACCUAAACUUGUCAUAAUUACAAUAACUCAAGAUAAAAGUAUUUCACGUCUUGAUUGUGCUUUGCAGAUUUUCUUCCAUUCUGCCCUAGUAACGACUGAGUGUAUUAUUCUGGCUGUUAUGGCCUAUGACAGAUACGUGGCCAUCUGUAAACCUCUGCACUAUAACACAAUUAUGAACAAAAGAUUCUGCAUUUCCAUGUCUACUGUUUGCUGGGCUGUGGGUUGUAUCAAUUGUGGCAUUCAUGUACCAUACACCUUACAACUGCCUUUUUGUAGGUCCCACCAUGUCAACCAUUUUUUCUGUGAAAUACCUGUGAUUUUAAGCAUGUCUUGCCAAGAUACCAGGCUUCAUGAGGUUUCAAUGUACAUCUCAGCUUGUACACUUGGCCUUAGUUCAUUCAUGUUGAUUGUUUUUUCAUAUAUUUAUAUAAUCACUACUAUUCUGAAUAUCCAUUGCACUGAAGGAAGACAUAAAGCUUUCUCUACAUGUGCAUCACAUCUCACAGUGGUCUCUCUGUACUAUGGGCCCCUGAUGUUCAUGUAUUUGCGUCCUCACUUCAGAAACUCUCCUAGCACAGAGAAGAUUGCAUCUGUUAUUUACACAAUUGUGACUCCAAUGCUAAAUCCCAUCAUCUAUAGCAUAAGAAAUAAAGAUAUCAAAAUUACCACUGAACAAGCAGUCAUAAAAUUAUUCCAUACCUUACAUAGAUAA